CCAGUGAGACAAUAGAGAAAUUUUUUACCAAUGAUGACGUCCGUAAGAAAAUCGAUCAAAGUUCAUGUAUAAUUUUACUACAAAACGCUCGAAAAAUUGGCCAAGAUUCUCACUUAGUAAAUUUACGGAGAAGCUUCUCUUGAAGUAAAGAUAUCCCAGUUGAUCAGAGCCCAGUGUUAAGUUUCAACCGUCCUGCUCACAAUGUUUUCCAAACAUCAGCGAUUUCAAGGAAUCAAGAGAAACUACAGCCCAGAGACUGUAGAAAAGCUUCGCGGUUCGUUCAAAAUCGAUUACUCUUUGUCGAAGCGAGGAGCCAUGAAACUCUGGGAACUUUUGACUCGCGGAGGGAAUUCUUACGUGAAUGCUUUAGGAGCUCUCACGGGUGGACAGGCCGUUCAGAUGGCCAAGGCCGGUUUAAAAGCCAUCUAUCUAAGUGGAUGGCAAGUUGCCGGUGAUAACAAUUUAGCUGGGCAGACUUAUCCUGAUCAAAGCCUGUAUCCUGCAAACUCUGCUCCAAAACUUGUAGAGCGUAUUAAUAAUGCGUUUAUCAGGGCAGACCAGAUUGCGCACAUGGAAGGCACAGACAAACACAUUGACUACUUUUUGCCAAUCGUUGCUGAUUGUGAAGCUGGAUUUGGAGGCCCAUUGAAUGCAUUUGAACUCACCAAGUCCAUGAUUGCAGCAGGUGCAGCUGCUGUUCAUUUUGAAGACCAGUUGGCUUCGGAAAAGAAAUGUGGUCACAUGGGAGGAAAAGUGUUAGUACCCACACAACAAUUUGUGAAGGUCCUCAAUGCUGCACGAUUGGCUGCUGAUGUUCUGGAUGUCCCU